AUGGGCCGAAAACCAAACCCCGUGGUUGGGGAAUACUUCACGAGGGGUCCCAAACUCCCGGAUUCCAGCAACCGAUAUCCUCACACCUGCAAACUGUGUGGUGAAAACUUCCCCAAAGGCCGAGGUGAAGUCCUGCACAAGCACAUCACAGAGAAAUGUCCAGCCAUUACGCCUGAAGAACGCAUCAACGCCGCACUCGGUUUCGCCGGACUGCACUCCGGCUCGUCAGCCCCGCGAUCAAUGAAUCUCCCACUCAACCAGCUCGACGUUGCCGUUGCCGAGGUCGCACCCGAAGCACCUGAGAACUGGUCUGCGCUUCGAACCCUCGCAGAAGCCUCGCGGCAAGUCGGAGAGAAUGAGAUGGGUGCGCCUUCAGCAUUAGGUCGCGACCGAUCCGAGUCCGCUGCUCGACAACUCGGAAUCGGCUUUGAAGUCCAAGAGCAAUUCACCCUCGAGAACCCGCCGUGCAGUUAUGAGAAUCGGCCUGGUCGUGAGCGAAAGGAGUCCACCUCGAAUGACAGCACCAACCCUCUCAGUUUCCUCACAACGGAGGAGAAGAUGGAACACCUGCAGGCUGCCACUCAGCAUCCAAACGAUCCGCCUUUGGAUUCAUCGGAUCUUACGGUCGCAGCCGCAGCAACUGCCCGCCUCACCCAUUCCCUAAUGGACCCUCAGUUGGCUGCCGCUGAGCACAACGAUCUGCCUCAAGUCGUCAGUCCUGUGAUGGAAACAGACGAGGCACUCAAGGCAGAUGUCAUUGUCCCUGUCGAAACCCUUUCCGGACCGACUCUACCUCAGCAAUCUCAGCAACAACCUCAACAGCCCUGGGGUGAGAUGACUUACAUGACUACGAACCACAUCCCCACAGUGACCACUCACGUGGCCCCGAUCGUCCCUCCUCCCAACAGAGGCGGCACCAGGAUGCCAAUCGGCAACGGAACGCAGAGUGAGCACAAGCGCAAGGCGUACAACCCGCUCCGGCGCAAGGAGGUCCAGGCCGCUCGCAAAAAGGGUGCUUGCAUACGAUGCCGUAUUCUCCGCAAGACCUGCGGCACCAACGACCCCUGCGACCAAUGCCGAAAGAUCCAAGGCCCGCGUCACUGGACCUACCCUUGCGUUCGCACCCGUCUCAACCAAGAGCUCACCCUAUACUCGGCCGCUUUGAUAGUAGUCCUGGCGCAGACUAGGGUCAAGCAUGCCAGACAGAAGUACCAGUUGCUCUCCAACGGCACCUCCCUCGUUGUCUCGUUGUGGGAAGACAGCCCGAGCCUGACGCUCGCCGCCCUACUCACGCCUCGCCCGCAGCCUCCCGUCACCGAGGGGGAGACGGAGGAGCAGACGAGCGGAGACGUAAAGAGCGACUUCCGGGUUGUCAUGAUCGACCAGGACAAGGAGGACCUCCCUGCCCGUAUGGAGGAGUUUCUAAAGUUGAUUCUACCGACACUCAUUCAACGCGAACCCUCCCACUUUAUGCAGGUCGUCUUGGAAGCGGCGCAAAAGUUCCCCGACAACAAGACAACGGGCAAGAACUUGAAGCUUGCCAUUGAGCUCUGGGGUCUCAUUGAGAUUCUCGAUCGAGAGCGGGGCUGGUGCAUAUCCGAAGAGCGCCAAGGCGUCGUUGUACCCAUUGGCCCCGAAGAGUUCGCCGGCACCGACGACCAGGACAUUUACAACCUCAUCACCUUCCAACUGUCCGCCGCCACGGAGCGCAAGGCCAACAACGUCUCGAACAAGCUCAUCAGCGAGCUCCAGCGAUGCCUGGAAAACGGAAAGGCCAAGAUCAACUUUGACGUCUACCUCUCCAUCCUCAUCCUCCUCCACUGCCUCGAGAAGACCACCUGGACCUUCAAGGUAUGGGAGAUGGACGACUUUCGUCAGCGCUGGCCCCUCGACCGCCCUCCCACCAUGUACGUCAACCAGGGCCGGGACAUUGCCGACCUCUUGAAGAUGCUCCUCACUCUUCGAAAGUCCCACCCCAAGACCUUCCGAGCCCUCGACGGCCGGCUGAGCGUUGUCGACCUUGGCGAAUCGGACUUUGACAUGAUGGCGGAGUUCUUUCAGGCCUUGAACCUUGAGUACGACGACGUUGUACGCAAGCUUGAAAACUGCGCCUUCAGCCCCGAGACAUCACGCUCUCUGGAACUGCACUUUUGCAGCCAUGUCCUGCUCCCACCCAAGGAGGGCGACCACGGACACCAUCACGCCGUUACUGCAUCCAGCUCCGGGCACAGCACGCCUCCUCCUCCUCACCCUCAUGCUCCGCACCACCCCUCAACCGCUGUGGAUUCCCCUGUUCCCGACGCCACCAUGACGGGAGCCUCUCCCGACCCUACUCCUACAGAUUCGAUGCCGCCUGAUCUACCUUAG